AUCUUUUGGAUCUGAUCAGUUUUCUCACAAAUAUUCAUCUCAUCUCCACCCAUCAAAGGUUGCCCUAUUACUAAAAACCAAAUAAAACUCAACUAAUUGACAAUGAAGUUCACCAACGCAGUCCUCGCUCUCAGCAGCAGUCUUUUCCUUUCUUCAGUCAGCGCCCAAGACUCCACCAUUGUGGAGAUUGCUGAGAGCACUGGAAGUCACACAACCUUGGUGGACCUUGUCACCAAAGCCGGACUGGUGGACACUUUGAAUGGAGCUGGUCCUUUCACUCUCUUUGGACCCACUGAUGACGCUUUCGCUGCUCUCAAUGGCGCUGCUGACAAAUUCACCACACCUGAAUUCAGUGAGCACUUGGUUGACAUUCUGACUUACCACGUCAUUGGAGCCAAGGUGACAUCUGCUGAUUUGGUGGAUGGACCUGUUGCCAUGGUCAAUGGAGAAGAUGCCAGCGUCACUGCUUCUCCUCCCAUGAUCAACACUGCCAACAUUAUCGCUCCCUUUGAUGCUGAGGGAAGCAAUGGAGUUGUUCACUCCACUGAUGCUGUCCUCCUGCCCACGUCUGUCACCAGUGAUAUUGUGGAUAUUGCUGCUGGAGCUGAUGCUUUCAGCACUUUGGUAGACUUGGUCACAACUGCCGGUUUGGUGGACACUCUCAAAGGAGAGGGACCCUUUACCGUUUUCGCACCUACCAAUGAUGCUUUCGCAGAGCUUCCUGAAGAGACAGUGGCCUUGCUGACAUCCCCCGAAGGAAAGGAUCAACUUAUCGACAUUCUUACUUACCACGUUGUUGCUGGAAAUGUUUACGCCUCUCAAGUCCCCGCUGAAGGCGAGAUCACCAUGGUCAACGGCGAUGCUGCCAUGGUCAAGAAUGAUGGCUCCAUGGUCAUGAUCAACGAUGCCAUGGUUGUCAUGGACCAAAUCUUGGCUUCCAACGGAGUCAUCCACCCCAUCAACAAGGUCAUUCUUCCUCCUGCCGAUGACGCCUCUGCCCCUCCUGCACCAGAGGAGGGUGCCACCGGAGCUCCUGCCACUCCCGCACCCACUCCGGAAUCCACCACCAGUGCUGCCGCUUUUGUUGGAACUGCCUUUGCUGCAGUUUCUGCCGCGGUUGCCAUGCUCAUGUUGUAAAUAACUAAUGAAUGGAUGGAUGGGAAAACGUCGUGUGAAGCUAAUUUUGAGAGGAAGAAGGAUGUCUUUUGGUGGCUUCGACAAGUUUUUGCUUUGCGUGUCUAUGUACAUGUCGUGUAAGAAGAAGUUUUGAGAGGAGAGCAAGGAUCGAUUGUUGACGCCACACCCAUUUCGUGUUGUACAUAACAGUUAGUGAAACUAAAAUAAACAAAGAGAGUUUUUAAAGUC